CAGUCCUCACGGAAAAGGCCUCAGAGGCAAAAGUAAUCAAAUGCUGUGUUAUCGAUACUAUCGAUAAACAAAACGUAACACGGCUAUUCGUGAACCGCGCAGCUAAUCAAAGUUUACGCAAAAUUAUAUACAACGUGUGUAUCACUUUUUGUAGAAUUGGAAUAGAUCACUGUGGUGUGAUUUGACCGUUCGAUGUACUCGAUCUUCCUACUGCAUUAGUCUUGCAGGGUUGAACAUGGCCCUGUAGCCGGGGAGUUAGGUUAUUGUCGGUGAGAAGACUAUGCAACAAUGUGUUAGGAAGCCGAUACAGUUCAGUAACAACCUACGGAAUUCGAGAGUUUUCUCAGCAGUUCGGUGCAGAUUAGGACGUGCAUCAUCCUCCUACAUCAUGGGUGAUGCAGCCUUGAAAAGUGUUGUAAGCAAUGUGAUAAAGUCACCCGAGGACAAACGCCUGUACCGUGGUUUGGAAUUUACAAAUGGUUUAAAAGCUCUCCUUAUUAGUGAUCCAACCACAGAUAAAUCUUCAGCUGCUCUUGAUGUACAUAUUGGUUCUUUAUCAGAUCCUCCUAACAUAUCAGGGCUAGCCCACUUUUGUGAACAUAUGCUAUUCUUGGGAACUGAGAAAUAUCCCAAGGAGAAUGAAUACAGUCAGUUUCUCAGUGAGCAUGCUGGGAGUUCAAAUGCUUUCACCAGUGGAGAACACACAAACUACUACUUUGAUGUAUCACAUGAGCACUUGGAUGGAGCACUUGACAGAUUUGCACAGUUUUUCUUGUGUCCUCUGUUUGAUGAGAGCUGCAAAGACAGGGAAGUAAAUGCCGUGGACUCGGAACAUGAAAAAAAUCUGAUGAAUGAUGCCUGGAGACUUUUUCAGUUAGAAAAGGCUACUGGGAACCCUAAUCAUCCAUUUAGUAAAUUUGGGACAGGAAACAAAGUUACACUUGAAACAAGACCAUCACAAAAAGGGAUUGAUAUUCGCCAAGAGUUGCUCAAAUUUCAUUUAACUUUCUACUCCUCAAAUCUGAUGUCACUCUGUGUCCUAGGAAGAGAGUCCUUGGAUGAAUUGACUAACAUGGUGGUGAAUCUCUUUGCAAUGGUGGAAAACAAAAAUGUGCCAGUUCCAGAAUUUCCAGAACACCCUUUUCAAAAAGAGCAUCUUAGGCAAAUGUACAAGGUGGUGCCUAUUAAGGAUAUUCGAAACCUCUAUGUCACUUUUCCUAUCCCAGAUCUUCAAAAAUAUUAUAAAUCAAACCCUGGCCAUUAUCUUGGUCACCUCAUUGGACAUGAAGGUCCUGGAAGCUUAUUGUCCGAGUUAAAAUCAAAAGGUUGGGUAAAUACUCUAGUUGGUGGACAGAAGGAAGGUGCAAAAGGUUUUAUGUUUUUCAUAAUCAAUGUGGACCUGACAGAAGAAGGCCUUUUACAUGUCGAUGAUAUCAUUUUUCACAUGUUUCAAUACAUUCAGAAGCUUCGGACUGAAGGUCCUCAGGAGUGGGUCUUCCAAGAAUGCAAGGAUUUGAAUAAUGUAGCUUUUAGAUUUAAAGAUAAGGAGAGACCUCGUGGAUACACUUCAAAAAUAGCUGGUCUGCUGCAUUACUACCCUCUAGAAGAAGUGUUAGCUGCUGAAUAUCUUCUGGAAGAGUUUAGACCUGAUUUAAUUGAGAUGGUUUUGGACAAACUAAGACCAGAGAAUGUCAGGGUGGCGGUAGUUUCUAAAUCUUUUGAGGGACAGACAGAUAAGACAGAGCACUGGUACGGAACACAGUACAAACAGGAAGCUAUUCCAGAGGACGUUAUCAUGAAAUGGCAAAAUGCAGACCUCAAUGGCAAAUUUAAACUUCCAAUGAAAAAUGAAUUUAUCCCAACAAACUUUGAAAUAUGUUCUUUGGAAAAGGAUACUCCAGCAUAUCCUACUCUUAUUAAGGAUACUGCAAUGAGUAAGGUUUGGUUUAAACAGGAUGAUAAGUUUUUCCUGCCAAAAGCUUGCCUCAACUUUGAAUUUUUCAGUCGCUACCUUUAUGCCGAUCCACUCCAUUGCAACAUGACUUACCUGUUUCUCAGGUUAUUGAAGGAUGAUUUAAAAGAGUAUACAUAUGCAGCACGUCUCACAGGUUUGGUCUAUGGCAUAGCCUCAGGAAUGAAUGCAAUCCUUCUCUCUGUAAAAGGUUAUAAUGAUAAACAGCACAUUCUCCUGAAGAAGAUCAUUGAGAAAAUGGCUACUUUUGAUAUUGAUGAAAAGCGUUUUGACAUCAUUAAAGAGGCGUACAUGAGAUCUCUAAACAAUUUCCGUGCUGAGCAGCCACAUCAACAUGCAAUGUAUUAUCUCCGGCUACUAAUGACUGAGGUAGCUUGGACCAAAGAUGAGCUGAAAGAUUCCUUAGAUGAUGUCACUCUUCCACGUCUCAAGGCUUUUAUACCUCAGUUGUUGUCACGGUUACACAUUGAAGCCUUGCUCCAUGGCAAUAUAACAAAACAGGCUGCACUUGGCAUGAUUCAGAUGGUUGAAGAUACCCUCAUUGAACAUGCUCACACUAAACCUCUUCUUCCAAGUCAACUGAUCAGAUAUAGAGAAGUCCAGGUUCCAGACAGGGGAUGGUAUGUUUAUCAACAGAGGAAUGAGGUGCACAAUAACUGUGGGAUUGAGAUUUACUACCAGACAAACAUGCAGAACACACAGGAAAACAUGCUGCUGGAACUUUUUUGCCAGAUCAUCUCUGAACCAUGCUUUAACACUUUACGCACCAAGGAGCAACUAGGUUACAUUGUUUUCAGUGGACCCAGGAGAGCAAAUGGUGUCCAGGGAUUGAGAUUUAUUAUCCAGUCUGAAAAAGCUCCACAUUACUUGGAGAGCAGAGUUGAAGCCUUCUUAAGAACAAUGGACAAAACAGUUGAGGAAAUGUCAGAAGAGGCUUUCCAAAAGCACAUUCAAGCUUUGGCAAUCCAAAGGCUAGAUAAGCCUAAGAAGCUGUCAGCAGAGUGUGCUAAAUAUUGGGGGGAGAUCAUCUCACAACAGUACAAUUUUGACAGAGAUAAUAUUGAAGUUGCAUUUCUGAAAACACUGACCAAAGAAGACAUAAUGCAGUUUUACAGGGAUAUGCUUGCAGUGGAUGCUCCCAGAAGGCACAAGGUGUCCGUGCAUGUUUUGUCCAGGGAAAUGGAUUCCUGUCCAGUCGUCGGUGAAUUUCCAUGCCAAAAUGACAUUAAUUUGGCGCCUGCACCUUCUUUGCCACAGCCGACUUUGGUUCAAGACAUGACCGAUUUUAAGAGGAGUCUGCCACUGUUUCCUUUGGCUAAGCCUCACAUCAACUUCAUGGCUGCAAAACUGUGAGAAACCUCUUGAUGGGAAGGAGCACAACGGAAUAUGAAGCAAAGGCCGUGGGCGGAAAACGAAGAGGGGUGCGCGCCUCUGUCUGUGUGUAUGUGGGUGAGAAAGUAGACGUACAGCUUGCUGUGUUCAUUAUCAUAGCUCUUUACGAUAGAUCAUACAACAUUUUCUUUAUUUUUAAGUAUUCUAAGCAUUGUAAAGUAGAGGGCGGCAAGAUUUGUUUUUUUAAACUGCAGCCCAAGAAAUAUUUUUAAUUUCCCACAAUGAGCUGCAUUGAAGCUGCAGCCAAGUAAAAACUGAAAUGAGAUGAAAUACCAAGAAGUAAUGAAUGUGUACAGAACAAUAAAAGAAGGGGACGAGGACAGGAGUUUUACUUUUUAUUUGUUCAGAAUCUGAAAAUGUUGAAUGAUGCUUAAAAAACUUCAGAGCAUGAUAAGUGAAGAGUUUAGACUUGAGGUCACUAUAUUUCAUUAAAUCCCACAACACACUAAUGUAAGAGAAAGUUGUUUAAUAAUAGAACAUCAGCUAAAAAAAAAAAAAAGAUGAGUUUUAAACUUUGUGUAUGUUUUGGAAUUUAAUAAUUUUCUAAAACUUAGUAAAAUGUUGGAGCCAUUUAGGCCGCGUAUUUUUACCUUCUGACAGAUGCUGUACUUUUAGCACACUCUCACACGCAGUUCCCUUUUAUUAGUUUGUGUUCUUAAAGCAUCGUCUCAGGGCUCCUCCAAAUUGAAUCCUUUUUUUACAUAUACGUAAUAAAAAAAAAAGAAAUAAUGGAACCUUUUUAUCUUUUUGUGAGCUGUCCCAUCAAUGCUGCCAGUUUUAGGUCAGUCCUUGAUAAUCUGGCGCAGUUAGUUUGGUGAUUCCCUUUAGCUGCGUCAAUCACUAACUUUAUUGAACGAGUUCCUCCCAACCACUUCCAGCUCUCUUGUGACUUCCAUGAUCCCCACGGUGAGUCGUGACAGAAGCAGGAGGCACUGAAGAUGGGGGUCCUCGUCUCGGCUCCGUAAGCUGCAAGACAAAAAGCGAAUGUUGUGGACCUUGGAAAUUGGUGCCGUUCUGGAUGUUAUAAGCUCUGUCCUGCUCUAUAUGUUCAUGAGAGAAGUUGCAUUUCAAAAGAUACAUCGCUUAAGGGAUUUUUCUUUUUAGUUAUUAUCAUUUUUUUUUUUACCAUACCCUGCUGACCCCCAUAAUUGAACAGAUGGAUAGAUGUGAGGGCCGCUUGUGUCGCUCCUGAGAAUAUAAUGUUUACCGUGAGGGGUGAGGAGCCCCCACUCUGUUGCCGAAGAAGAUUUUUUUAUCAUCUAAGAUGGGGAACAUCAACUCUGAACAUUCUGAGGCAAUCAAAACUAAAUGUUUUUGCCCAUCUUGGAAGCACUGGGUUAUAAUGCUAUUGGGACGAGCGGGUUGUGGAUGUACAGGAGGCUUUGUCAUGGUGGCCUGCUCGGGUGCCCUUGUAGGAUCUGUGGCCUUGUCCUGUCAUUCACAUGCCGGCAGACCACCGAAGGACGUGCUGGCAUUGUAGUGAUGUGCUGCCAUGUCCACCAAAUGCUGCAUAAAUUCAAACCUCUUUGAUUGUCCCCUGGCCUAACAAGUAAUCUCCACAUAUUUAGUUGUUUGAUUUUGUAUUUGUGGAUGUCAGAUUAGUUUGUACUUUGUGAUUCACGCGCGUGUUGUCGACAAACGGGCCAGCGGCAUCAAGCCUUCACUGGCAUCAACUACAAUGAAAAAUAACUCGGGCACACCGUUUCUAAUGUUUAUUCUGAUUUAAAUGUCUUUCAAAACUCUUUCAAAAUUAAUGUUAAUUCAUAUGCCUGGGGCAUGCACAGUAGCCUCAGGAUACCUUACUGGCAUUUGUGCCCUUAUUGGCUGCCAUGCUGGCACCAAUCACAUGGCCUAAAGCAGUGAGGUGAAAGGAUGAUUAAGGGUCACCUCUAUGACAUUUAUUAUUUAUUACAUUGCAUCAGCCGGAAUAAAAGAAAAAUAAAUUGUGUUUUUAAGCCUCUUGUAAUUUUAAUUCUGCAUUUUCAUUCAUUGCUCACCUGCUCCUGUCUGCAGCAGUAAUCUGAUGUCUUAUCGGGUCCUGCUGGAUUACCACUGGCAUUGCAGCCUGGUCCUAUGACCUCCACCCAUCCCAGCAGCCCCUCAUGCAGGAGUUACCAUUUCCUGCGUCUUACCUUUUUAUCCGUUUUGCAUGCCAUGCUUUCCUGCCCACCCCCUUUGCUGUAACUAUACAACAUCUAGCAGAAUCCUGGAGGAAGAAUUUCUGAAAUGUCGUUAGCAAUCCUGACCCAAACAGGUACGGUCAUCCGUCUACAUUGGUUUCAAAACAGAGGAGCAUCUCUUCUGUGCUCCGAUUUGGAAGCAGUGGUGUGGAAGUGCAAAAGAACGCACCCCUAAGUUUGCUAACCAGCAGACAUUUAGCCCAGCCACUUAAUAAGAUGGCACUUGUAAAGGUUCAAACCAGUCUAGUGACCAUACUGCAUGUGGCAGGCCUUUGUCUGCUGCUGUUAUUUACAGAAGUGCUUCUACUGCGACAAGGAAACAAAGGCCUGAUGGGACACGAUAGGCUUAUCAAGCUGACAGAACAGGGUUAUAAGCAAGCCGAGCGCUCAACAACGUUAAACGGCCCACUGUUGUAGUACCAGUCGUGUCACAGAUACACAUUGUUACUUGCAUAUCCAGCCCAGCUGAGUUGUGCUGAGCAGGUGGAGGGCUUCACUUCACCUCCGGGGGUCCUGGCUUCACCUUAAAGCAGAAGGUGUGGUUAUUUGGCUUAUGGAGCAGGUGAAGCAGAUCAUCUUACGCUAUCUACUAGGGGAAGAGUGAGGCGUGUGCAGUAGUGCAGUGUAAGAGAGACACAGUCAUCCACCCAGUAUGGCAAUUCAAUGUCAAGCAACCCCUUUAGAGAAUAACAAGUAACGUCCGAGCUAAAAUAAACCACAGCAAAACUGCACUGCGGCUUAACCACUCGGCCACACUCCGGAGGAUGCGUUUUUGAAAAACCAACACCAGAUAACCAGACUUCAGCAAAGCAGCCUCGGAGCUGGACACUUCCGUCCCUUCUGCUUGUCAGGGUGGCGGGACAGUUGAAUUGCCCUUACAUGUUGAGUGCCGUUUAGUAAUCUCGGGCGUGCUCAAGAUAACCGCUGAACAUGCAGCCAUGUUCAGGGUGGCGUAUUGUGGAAAGAAAUUGGAGCUAAGCAGCAGGAGCUGGCCGCGGAAAGGAAGGCUUCAUCUCUUCAAAGAUCCCACUUUAGUUUCUAGUUCUGCGGCCCCAGUAGGCACUAACCCUAAAGCAGGUGACAAUUUAAAAUUUGCAAGAGUAAUAUUUAAGUGUAAAAACUGUGAAUGUACAGGCAUAUACAAUAAACCAAAAGCAUUUCCUUCACUGUUUUACUUCAUUACUCUGUUUGAGUUAUCCUGCUACACUUGAGAGUUUGUCAAAGCCUCACCUUACUUUGUGUCCCUGAGCGCUGAGCAGGCAUACGAGUCACCCGAGGGCCGGAGACGUGGCACACUUGUGGCACACUUGCAGCAUCUUCAGUGCUCUUCCAAAAGACGAGCGAUCUUAUGAAGUUGACCUCCAGGUGGAAUGAGGGGGUCUUCUCGGCUGCUUGCUAAAGAAUAGGAAACCCAGGUUUUUAAUGGCAUUCCAGCAUUUUACUUUGUUUUAUUGCUAAUAACUCAGGCAUAUCUAUGGAUUCUUACCUUGAGUCCAGAGCUGCAGCAUCUUUUAGCAAUAACAGCCAACAGAGGCGUCUCUGGAAUCUGUUAUUCACAUAAAUUUCUUGUGAAUAGGAACAUGUAUGUUUAAAAGUGACAAGAUGUUUACAUUGAUAACUAUAUUUGUCAACUAUUUUUGUUAAUUUGAUGUGAAAAAGGAAUGCAUGUAGCAUGGUCAGUAUGAGAUGAGUGCAAGGGUUUUCUCAUUUUUAUUGUUUUUGAGAUUUCCAAUAAACAGUAUGCAAUCAAUCUACUGGUACUGGCUGAUGUAAUCAAAGGAAAGAAACAAAAUAAAGAAAUCAACUAUUUUAGAUAGAUUGAGAAACAGCA